AGAGGAGGAAUUGUUCUAGACUACAUAAAAGAGUUGUUUCAAAGACCAGUGUUAUCAAGAAUGUACUUGGAAACAAAUCACCAAUGCAUUUCACCAAAAUACAUCCAACAACAACUAAAGGAAUUGAGGGUCUAUUCUGGGUUGUCGCACGAUGAGCUCUGUACCCUUGAGUCUACUAAUUUAAUAGAUGAGUUCGAGCAAUCUUUGAAAAGAAUGGAGGACUAUAAAUCAGCCAUUGAUCACAUAUUCCUGUGCUGUCCACAACUGGAACAUUACUUGAAAAAAUUUGUAGUACCAGCACCCGGGGACUGGCCAACUUGGUUUUAUCAAAAGAAACUCAUUGCUCAAGAAGUCAAUGCAGAUGCCAGUUUCCUAUCAGUCAUCCCAGAGCAGGGCCCAUUUCAUGUUUUCCUGAAUCUACAAGAAGAUGUUGUAACAAUUUAUGACUUCUUAUUUAAAAAAGUGUACAAAGAGACAUUUGGAUCUGACUUACCCAACAAGCCAAAGCCUUUUCGCGUCAGCCUGGUAAUAACUGCUGUUUUUCUGGCGUGGGGCAAAUUACGUAAUAAAGUUCUUCUAAAAUUCAAGCUCUGCAAGGACAUAGAGUAUGCUUCCAUUCUGUUUCUUUUAGAUGAGGUGGUUCCCAUAUCAUUCUUCCACUAUCCUGUUACAUUCAGGUCUGGAGACAUGGAAUCAUAUAUAACAAUGAUGUUAAAGUUAUCUCUACUGUUUAUAAUCUGGAAAAGGCAUCAUUAUGACAGAUCAACACUAUCGAUGCUUAGUGACUUUUCUUUUCACAAACAACAUUUUUCCCAGUACCAUGAACUUAAAAAGAAAUGGAUAGCUCUAAUAACAGAAAAAAAAUUAUGA